UCAAGGCACCCGCGGAGUCCCAACCGUAGAAAAACAAAACCUCGGAUAACAACAAAACUCAUAUUUUACAUUCAAGUAAACACGGGAAUCCGAUUUAUUAGAUCGAAACCGACAGUAGAGGUCGAUUCUCGGUGUUUUUCGUGGCCGUUUAGAGCCUUUCGGGCGAUGUUGUUUAUUUGUAGUAAGGGGGGGCUUGAAACCGCCCUCCCUUGCCCCAUUUCCUCGGUUGUUUUCCUUCUCUCGCCUGGAUUCUCCAUGUUGUUGGUGCAAGAGUGAAGGCUUCUCGGCGAUACUACCAGUAAUAGUAGUGGUAAACCCGAGACGACGGAGCGGGCAGAGUCUCAUAUAGCCUAAAAAAAAAUACAUAUCCAAGUGCCUUGCCCCCUCUCCGUGCGGUGGACCUCCGAGAGAAGAAGAAGAAGAAGCGGCGGGGGAAUAAAGAAACCAGAUCAAUCCUACUCUCAUCGGGGAUUUGUUACUGAGGCGGAUGAUAAGUUACCUCGGUGAAUACUGGAGUUGACUUUUCAAUAAAACCCAAUGAGGGAUGCCCAUCAGUGCUCGGGGACAGGAUUUGAGGAUUUUGAAGGCUCCGUGAUUGUCAGAUGGAAAGUUCUGUUAUCACCCAAGUGCAGAAAGAAGACGUUCAAGUGUCACCGAAAACAGGCCAGGUGAGCCGGUCUGCCCUGAAACAGCCUCGGAGUUGCAACAUCUUCAAAGCGCUCUUCUGUUGCCUCCAAGCUCAGGAUGGCCCCAAACCACCACCGCCAACACCACCUCCCCCCCACCAGGCCUUGCUGGAGUCAUACGAAAAUGGGACGGUUGUCAAGGAGUCUGAACCUAGCCUCCUGCCUGAGGUGGAGGCCCAGGACCAAGGGAAGCUAUGCGUGGUCAUAGACCUGGAUGAGACCCUGGUGCACAGCUCAUUCAAGCCUAUUAGUAAUGCAGACUUCAUCGUGCCUGUGGAGAUAGAGGGGACCACACACCAGGUGUAUGUACUGAAGAGGCCGUACGUAGAUGAGUUCCUGCAGAGAAUGGGAGAGUUGUUUGAAUGUGUGCUGUUUACAGCCAGUCUCGCAAAGUAUGCAGACCCAGUGACAGACCUGUUGGAUCAGUGUGGUGUUUUCCGGACCCGGUUAUUCCGGGAAUCUUGUGUAUUCCACCAGGGCUGCUAUGUCAAAGAUUUGAGCCGCCUGGGCAGAGAUCUCCAAAAAACCCUCAUCCUGGAUAACUCUCCUGCCUCCUACAUCUUCCACCCUAAUAAUGCUGUUCCCGUGGUGUCAUGGUUUGAUGACGUGGAUGACGCUGAGCUGCUCAACCUUCUGCCUGUGUUUGAGGAACUUAGCCAAGCCGAUAAUGUUUACACCCAGCUGGACCAUCUUCGUGGACAUUAAGCUCUCAGUGGACCCGCUCCUCAGCUCCAGCUUGAGACUUUCUUCAGCUACAAUAGAACCUUCUAUUGACAAUAGAUGCUAGAGUUUUCAGACGUUGUCCUCCUUGCCUCUGCACAAAAUCCUCUGUUUAGAAAGUUGUAUUAGCGUGUGGGGGGGGGGUUAAGGAAAUCCGUAGCCUGAAAAACACAAUGUGUUUGGCUUAGCUGAGACUAUAGAUCGCAAUUUGAGGCCUUUCCUCUGAACCUCAGUGCUGAUUAUUGACAACCACUAUUUGAAAGAGCAGGAAUCAACAACCAAAGCAAUCCCAUCACACACACUCUAGUUACAAUAUUAAAGUGGUUAUUUUGCCAAAGCAGAAGCCUGCCUGCCCUGACUUGACUUUUGGACUUUUUUUUUUUUUCAUUCUUGUGCCUUUCAUGGAACAACAACAACAACAAAAAACAAUAAUAUCAGCUCUUUUUUAAAAUUUCCACCAGAUUUUAUACAUUUAUUGAUUUCUUUUAUAGGUUGUUUUGUAAGGAAAUCUAUUUUUAAACGGUGAACGUGGUUCCUCUAUGCAACCCAGUUCUGUGUGUACAUGGACAGUACCUCCUAAGUAGCCAGUCAAUAAUUGCAUUCAACAGAUGUAAACAUUACUGUAGCCUUAUUUACCUUUUAAGGGAGCAGCAAAACAAAAGUAUAUUUCACUUUUUUGUACUAUAAAUAUAAUUUCUACAAACCAUGCAAAUAUACAUCAUUAGUGGUCGGAUUAGUGUUUGGUAUAAGUUAAGUAAACAGGGUGAAAUCUUGUCUUUGAUGGUCCGUUGAAUGCAGACACACUGGAAUAUGUUGGCACAUAGGACGACCAGAAAAGCCAGUUUUCAUUCGAGGUUUAAUAAUAACUCGUUUGUUGCUAUGUUUUUCUUUUAUUACUAUAUGACAAACAACUUGCACUUGUUUUAUAUUGACAGUGCUGAAAGUAAAAACUGUGCCUUUGAAAUCCGGACAGAGAAUGGUGUUCUGCCUGAGAAGAGAUUUGUAGGCCUACACACUCUGAUGUGUCAUGCUGAGCGUGAGAAAAACACUGUCAAGAGCAAGUGUAAUGCCGUGCGGCUGUGGUACUUGCAGUGCAACACUUGAAAUAUCAAAUUUUUUAGCAUGUGUGAGUGUUGUUUUUCUAUAUUUAUUGGCCAAAAAUCUGUAUUGUCCAGUACUUCUUAAUGCUUAACAUUGUUUUGUAAUCCAUUUGCCUACUUUGAGGCUGGCCUUGUGUUUUAACUGUUUUAUAUGUGCCUAAAAAUCACACGUUUUGCUGUCUAAGUUCAAAGAUGAUUCAAAACUUAAGCAGUUAAAUCAAAUAAACAAAUAGAUGUAAAUCCAAGAUUCAAUCAUGCAAGAACACAUUUUCUUUUUCCAUUUUUUAUUCAGUACAACAGAUAUUUUGUGGGGUGUGUUUCCUGGGUAAUAUGGUUUUUCUAUGAUGUUCAAUGUCUGAUGCAAUUAUUGCCUGCAUGUUAACGAGUAAAAUAUGACAAUGAAAUUGUACCAGUUGUGAUGACCAAAAGUAUUUGUUUAAACAGUCACAAUUUGUCUUUGUGUAUCAGAAUAAGUCAAACACUCAUUUUGUCUACCCAAUCUGACCAAAACUCUAAAAGACAAGGUGCUACCAGUUUUUAUUUUAUAAUAAAAAUUGGUUAUAUUGUACA